AUGCUUAAGCAGAAGCAAGAACGUUCUAAUACAACUGAAUUAUCUAAUAUUUUUAUGAUACGAAUAUACAUUUUAAUUUUCCGAAAAGAUAUUUUAAUGGGAAAACGACGACACAAGAAAAAAGAACUUAAAGUUAGUAAAGAUCAGAAACGAGGUCUUUCUAAUGCUAAUGAGAUUUGA